AUGAAUAACCCUCCGCCAAUGAUGGGGUAUCAACUUUCCGCUGGGGCGAGUGUACCGCAAAUGCUUGGUACUCCUCAAGGACUGGCGCAGCAGUUGCAUCAGGGUGGGGCGCAGCAGCCGCAACCUCAGCUGCAGCUGCAGCCGCAGCCGCAGCCGCAGCAGCAGCAGCAGCAGGUGUUGCAGCAGCCGCCAGGGUUAGGUAACAAUUCUCAGCAGUUGUUGAGUCAGUUAAACCAGACGAAUGUUUCUAACACGGGGAAUCCGUUGUAUCAUCCGCACCAGAGCGAUCCGUCGCUGGUUAAUAAUCCGAUCUGGAAGCUGCAGCUGCAGCUGGCUGCGAUUUCGAGGCAGUCGGUGGGUCAAGCAAAUGCGUAUGCGAGGCAGAACGCUAUGAAGAAGUAUUUGAUGAAUCAGUCGGGUACUGCUGGGCAGACGCAGCAGACGGGGGGCCAGCAGUCGGGGCAGGCACAGCAGCAGGGGCAGGGACAGGCACAGCAGGGGCAGCAGCCGGGGCAGGCUGCAGAUAUAGCCAAGUCGCUGGUGGACUUUACCAAGCAGUAUCUUUUGGAGAUGGUUAGUGAUCUGGGCGUGCCAGCCAGCUCUACGACUCCUGGGCCCGGCCAGCAGGAGCAGAGGCCGCAUGGGACUCCGUUGUCCACUCCCAGCACUCCAAAGGCGGAGCUGGUGAACAACACACAGUCCACGCCGUCGAUGUUGCUGCAGCAGCAGCAGCACAAGAAGCUGUCGCAGUUUAAUAUCGACGAGGACGACGAAGUGGAGCAUCGGAUGGUGGCGCCGGUGAAUACGAAGUACGAUGAGCAGCUUUGGCACACGAUCGAUCUGUCGAACUUGGCACUUUACAACCUUAACGAUAACCUGUUCAAGUACGACUUUUUAACGCGGUUGUAUCUGAACGGGAACAACUUGACGCAACUGCCCCCUGCUAUCAAGAAGCUACGGAAUUUACGAGUUUUGGAUGUGUCGCAUAAUAGAUUGACGGAGUUGCCCACCGAACUAGGCAUGUGCUACCAACUGAAGUACCUUUAUUUCUUUGAUAACAUGGUCUCGAGUCUGCCUUGGGAGUUUGGCAAUCUAUUCAACUUGCAAUUUCUGGGUUGUGAGGGGAAUCCAUUGGACAAGCAGUUAAUAAAGACCUUGACGGAGAAGUCGGUGACAGGUUUAAUCUUCUAUCUAAGGGAUAACGCCCCGGAGCUCCCGCUACCGGAGCCUCGUCAUUUUAUUGAGAUUAACGCGGACGGAGAGUUGACCCAGGAACAUGUAUCGUUAGAAGAAUCCAAUAGCCACGUGAAUCAGGACACCCUCAAGAGGUCUUUCACCCUCUUGUCGUACAAUACCCUAUGCCAGCAUUAUGCAACCCCCAAGAUGUACCGCUUCGUGCCAUCGUGGGCCCUAAGCUGGGAUUAUAGACGUGAAAAAUUAAAAGAGGAGGUCUUAUCUUAUCAGACAGAUGUCAUUUGUUUGCAGGAGGUGGAAAGUAAAACCUACGAGGAGUUCUGGUUGCCUUUGUUGGAAAAGCAAGGUUAUUCGGGAGUUUUCCAUGCAAAGACUAGGGCAAGAACGAUGCAGGUAAAGGACGCCAAAAAGGUAGAUGGAUGCUGCAUCUUUUACAAAAACUCGGAAUUUUCGUGUAUCUUCAAGGAUGCUAUUGACUUUAGCAGUGUUUGGAUGAAACAUAAAAAGUUCCAGCGCACGGAGGACUACUUGAACCGUGCUAUGAAUAAAGACAACAUAGCCUUGAUUGUGAAACUAAAACAUGAGCUAAGUGGAGAACAUGUCUGGGUUGUAACAACCCAUUUGCAUUGGGAUCCUCACUUUAACGAUGUCAAGACCUUCCAGGUUGGUGUAUUACUGGAUUACAUUGAGAAACUAUUAAAACAACAAAGCAACAUCGGAAACCCUCAAGAGAAGAAGAAAGUUCCGCUAAUCAUCUGUGGUGAUUUCAACUCUCAAUCUCACUCCGCUGUAGUGGAGUUAUUCACUACUGGAUUUGUAAAGUCUCAUAAAGAUAUUGAAGGACGCGACUUUGGCUACAUGUCUCAAAAAAACUAUGCUCACAAUUUAUCCCUAAAAUCCAGUUAUGAGGUUAUUGGAGAACUACCUUUUACUAAUUUGUCUCCGUCAUUUACUGAUGUUAUCGAUUACAUAUGGUAUUCUACACAAGCUUUACGUGUACGUGGGGUACUAGGCGCCAUAGAUCCAACAUAUGCUUCCAAAUUUAUCGGUCUACCUAAUGAUAAAGUUCCAAGCGACCAUAUACCUUUGCUGACGAGAUUCGAGUUUACGAAGGGCUCCUCUAGCAGUAAUGGUAACGGCAACAACAACGGUAUGAUUAUAUGA